ACAAAAUAUGACAGAUAUUUGUUGUACCGGUAGCUAUUAAACAAAACUGAAUUGUUACUUUUUUAUUUAUUUAAGUGUUCUGUGAUUUUACGCCCACUGAAAAAAUGAAUAUCUGAAUGUUGUCCAAUAAUGUUGCAAAAUAUGUCAUAUACUCUAUCAUAAACAUUUAUACAUGUUUCCCUGCUUGAAAUACCAGGUGUUCUUCCAGUGCUUGCCUAAUACAGUGUUUCUCAACCUUUUUUGGGCCAAGGCACACUUGUUCCAUGAAAAAAAUCACGAGGCACACCACCAUUAAAAAAGUUAAAAAAAUUAACUCUGUGCCACCCUAUAUUGACUAUAUAAUUAUGACUGUAAGAAACACUUGCCAAUUGCUGUGUGGGUUGCAAUCUCCUGUAAUAAGGCUUCACAAGCCGCUGAUUUCUCUGCCAGCACAAUCCUUUGCUCAGCAAGUUUCAGGUUGAGCUCAUCCAGCCAGCUUCUUUAAGUUUGUCUAAAACCACCCUCCCGUGGUGGUGGCUGUUGAGAGCUGCGCUCGCUCCGCGUCGUGACCCGGCCGGCUUCCUUUCCGGCGGGUUAGUGUUGAAUAUUGGUGGCCGCUAGGCACGUGACAAUGCAAAUCGCCCUUCUCGUCGCCGCACGUCGCGGCACACCAGCCAGCGUCUGGUUGAGAAACGCUGGCCUAAUAUAUUCAGCACAUCUGAUGAAUGCUGAGUACUUCCAAAAAUAUUAAUACAGUAUCUAGUUUUGGAGUUAUCAGUUUUACAUUUACUUUAUUGGGCAUUUAUGGAACUUAGUGGUUGCUAGUUACAUCUCUUCCAUUUCUGUUUCUUUUGGCUAAGAGACAGGAGAUUUUAAUCAGGGCAUGUCUGUUCUAAAACUGAAACAUGUUUCCAUUUGGUGUGGUCUUCAUUCUUUGCAUUUGUUUAGCAAAGCUAACAUUUGUAUGUGGUCAUCUGCUGCUUGUUCCCUGUGCAGUUGUUUCCAAGUACUUGCAGCUUUGUUCUGAGGCAUUUGGGUUUACCUUAAAGAGAUACCUGGCUAUAAUUUGUGCAGUCCUAACAGCAAACAAUUCUACUGUCUUUUUAAAAUUCUAUUAUAACUUAACAUGGAGGCAACUGAGGACAAUUUUUAGAAUGGGGUUAGAAAGUAUCAAGUAAAGAGCAAUAGCAAAUCCCACCAUCUGAAGCAGAAGCAGUGUACAAGAAUAACAACACAGUUGUCAACACCACUGUUUCCCAUUUCCUCAUAAUAUUCAGAUUUCAGCAAUGCAUUUUACAUGGGUCUUCCUCUAAAGCUUACUCAUAAAUGUCUGUUGGUUCGAAAUGCAAUAGCCUGAUUAUUGACUGGAACUAAUUAGUCAGAACAUAGUUGACCAGUGUUGAAACCACCUUACUGGCUUCUGAUCUGUUUAAUUUUAAGUGUUGGUGUCAACCUUUUAACAUCUAAAGCUGUACUGUAUACCUUUUGGGACCCAAGUUUUUAAAGUAAAGGAACCAUUCAUAUAAACUUGCUCAGUUAGAAGGAUUGAGUUGUGUCCAAUGGGACUUCCUCUUCCCUUCCUGCAAGCCCCUACUGAAAUCUGCUCCAGAGAAUUCCCUCUAGAUUUUGAGAGGUAGAAGGGGAGAGAGGGCAAAGUUUUGUUGUCUGAGAGGAGCGCAGUGUUGGAUGCAACCAGUAGUUAUCAGAGGCCCUUUUUUAGGUGCCUCUGCUGUCAAAAAGUGAGGUGGAUUCCUGAAUAUCUUCUUCAGGAAUGCUCUCCUAUAGGAUUUGAUUAGGUUCUUGCAGGAGGUAUUUUUAUUGUCUGGCCUUUCAAUGCUUUUAAUUAUUAAUCUCUUUAAUGUUGCUAUGUUUUUUGUUUUUUAGUUUGAGGAUGUUUACUUGUGAUUAUUAGGUGAGGUUUUUACCAUUGAUCACUGUUUCUUCUAUUUGCUAUAAUUUUGAGAUUGUUUUAAUGGCUGGUUGAGCCAUCUUGAAAAUUAAGUUUUGUAAGGUGUGCAGCAAAUUCUUUAACAAUACCUUGACAAGUUGCACCUUUUUAUAGAGGGGUAAACAGAACCAUGAAUAAAAGUUAACACUUUAAUUCAGCAGCUUUCCCCAUAAUGAUACCUCACCGUGCUGUAACUGUAUAAAUUUUAUGAGAAAUUGGUGCUUCAUUUAAUCAGAAAAUGUUAGGGUUGUAUCCAGUGUUAUUCCUACUUAGAGUGGACCCAUUGAAAUCAAUGAACCUAAGUUAUGUCUAUUAAUUUUUAUUCUACAUAUGUAGAAUUUUCAGAAUGUCAAGCUUUGUGAUGAAAAUAUCUUUAUGUGGAAAAGAGAAGGAGAUUAGAGCAUGAGAACAGAUCCAAAAGCACAUUACACUGGAAGUAAUGCAGUGCUGGUAGGCAACAUCUGUAUUCCUGUCCUGUGCAUGGAAGCACCUUCUCUGAAUCAGAUCAGUUAUCUUUAGCUACCCUUGUCUGUUCAAACUUAAUGCUUGCUAUGCUUAUGCAUAAAUACUUAACAUUGGAUGGACCAGCACCUAAGAGCAGCAUUAAUAAGGCUGUAGUCUUGAAAAGAUCUAUAAAAAAAGAAAUUCUGGCUGAAUAGAGUGGGACUUACUUCUGAGAAAACAAGUGUAGGGUCAUGCUGUGCAUGUAUCUAAUUUUCUUGGCUUUGGCUCUUCAGCAUAAGGAAGGUGGCACAGCGGGUUUGUACAAGAAAUGCUACCAAGUUGAUUCACAACUUGAAAAUGAGUGCUUAGAUUUUGUAGCAUCUUAUUGGUGAUUUAUUCUGAACAGACUGGAUUACUUCCAGCACUCUUUUCAACCUAGAAUUUGGACAGGUAUUUAUUGUAGUUCCGUUUGCAGCCUGAAACAAAUUAUUCAACCUCUGCGUGUUGUGACUUGAUUCUGCAGCUCAUAUUAAGAGUAAACUUUUUCUGAAAGAAGACACCUUCAGAAAGUUGGCGAGUGUGACUAUGUGCAGUGCUUUAUUUCAUUUGAUCAUAUGCGAGUCAAACUGGUAGUUUCUAGCUUUUUAUUUUUUUAAAAAGGUUGAUUUGUACAUUCAGUACUCAGUUCUUUUAUCUUCAUUUCCCCAUUUCAUUGUGGAUCUGUUCUGACAAGAAUUCUCCUUGUGCAUUAACAGUACUAUGGUAACAACUGUGGCAGGAAUCCAUUGCUAUUGUCUCAUGGAGGUGAUGGGCAUUCUCGCUGCAGUUUUGAUACUUGAGGAUGUUUUUUGAGGGGCAAAAUAAUGGACAGUCAGGUUUGAUAUUAACUUCAAAGGAAUAUCUUGAUGGUUUGCUUUUUAAAUAUAGGAGAAUAAGGACAUUUAAGUUCCCAGGGCUUAUGGUAUGGUGAGGUGCCAGUUGAGGGGGAGGGGGAGAAAACUGGAGCGGUGAAGAGGGAAUUAAUCUGCUAAAGCUAUAAUAGGUUUCUUGAAUUGGGUGAAGGGAAUAAUAUUUUCUGAGAAAUUUUGUUAUGAGUUUUUUGCAGGGAGAAAUCUCCCCCACUUUUUUGUUUUGUUUCUUUUUUUAAAAAUGAAUUCAUCACAGUUUUAAAUAGUGAGUACCGUCAGACAAAAAAAACAAAACAAAACCACUCUGUUGCUGUUUUACCAGUACAUCUGGAGUUUAAAAAUAACAUCGUACAUCAUGUCUAAUAGAGUUCAGUGGGUCAUGGGUACAACCAUGAACAGCUUUUUUGAUUUCGUCAUAAAACCACAUAUAAGGGGUUCGUCUGUCUUUUCAGCUUGGGAUCAAAUGUGGACGAAGAGACUGCAGGAAAUUUUCUGGCCUGUGAACUGUUUGUUGUACACAGCAAGUAGAUAAGAUCAGCAUUCCCAAAAUGUAAUACCUUUAAACAUGUUCAUCAAAAGGCUUUUGGUACCUAUCUUGGAUUUUGAUUCUUGAAGGUCCUUUUCCCUAUGUUUAGGGCUGGCAACUUAAAUCCAAUGUUAGAGAUACUUUGUAUAGCCUACAGAUUUUCUUUAAAGUCCUGUAAACUUCCAGCUUUCCUUUUUGAAAACACUUUUUUUGACUCUCAAGUUAACAGGUUAAGACAGUUUCAUCCUGGCAGAGACUCUAAAUGGGCAAAAUAUAUGUGAUCCUGAAUGAAUUCCAUAUAUCAUGUUGGGCAAGCCUAUCAUAUGAUUCCUUAAAGUUUUGGCUCAUUUCUUUCAGCCCUUUGUGUUGUUAGUACAUGUCAUCUUAAGGUUGAAAGGAGUGACAACUCCAGUCCCCCAAUUCCAAAAUAAUGAAAUUGUACUUUUGAUUUUGGUUUCAAAUGCUACCUACACCAGAUUAAUGUGGUCAGUGUUUUACAUAUGCUAGCAUUUGGGAAGUGUGCAGGAAGACAGCUUUUCAUUGGUUUGGAGAUUGCACAUGAGUUUCUUUAUUUAGUAUUUAAAACCAAACAAGUAUUGUUGCCCAAAGUGAACAUGAAGCAUUUUUAGUUCUUCAUAGUAAAGAAAGCCAUUGACCAGUAUUCAAUAACCAUUUUUUGAAGAAAUGAAGAACCCGUGGCCUUGCAGAUAUUGUUGGACUGUAACCCCAUCAUUCAUGAUAAUUUGCCAUGUUAGCUAGUGCUGGUAGGAGUUGAAGUCCAAGCACGUUUUGAGGGCCACAGUUUCUUCAUCCCAGUAUUAUUGCUUAAAGAGGCGCUUGUAGCCUGCAUCGGCUUAUUACACUAGACAGCUGUGCACAGACUUGUACGUUUCUGAAUGUAGCCCUGACAUAACAUUGGUUCUCUCUAAUUUAAGCAUCAACUAAAUAUGACACUGAUUCAGAUUUACUGGUUACACAGCUUGAUCCAUGGUUGUCUCCUGUAACUUCAGUGGAUUUUAAUAAUUCCUUUUCACAACUCUGUGUACCCUACCCUAGCAGCUCAGUGUCUGAUGUUUUGAAAAAGACUUGAGUGGGGGGGGGAAUGAUGUGAUGUGUGAAAUAAUUUUGACCCUUGGUGAGAAUGUACAUGUUAUCUAAGGGAUGGCAUCUCUUAUGCUAUAAGAAAUGCGAAGAGAGACUUUGUAUAUACUGGUUUCCCGUUCAGUCUGUCAUUGUUACUAGUACUGCCAGUUCCCACAAUCCUAACAUUCCCUGGGCAUCAGUCAGUGUCUGCAAGGAACAAUUUUCAUGUGAAAAGCCCACAGGCCAAGACUCAGUGGUCUCUAGAGAGCUGACCUCUGAAGUUGAGUCUCUUCUGACAUUUUCACAAGCUACUUGAAGUGAUUUCUGCAGAUUCAUUCCAUUUGGUAAACUUUUGAACAAAAUCCCUGUCCUUUUUAGUGAGAUUUAUUAAAGCCACUUCCCCCUUUCUCAGUGACAGAAUGAUGCAAUUAAGAUGGGAGAUGUGUCUGGUGACUAAGUAUGAUGAAAAAUAUUGUUUACUGAUUCUUAUUUUUAAGAAGUAGUACAAAAAUUGUCCACGGUGUUGUUUUACUUCCAGACAUUUCUUGUUGAUAAUGAGGUAUUUUGCUGGUAAUUAAUGUAUACUUUUUAAAACUAGUUUUUUUAAAUUAUCUUUUGGGGGGAUGCUAAGUGUAGUGGUUCUCUGUAGAUGAAUGUUGAUAAUUUUCUAGUUUCAUUGAAAUUACCCUUAGCAGUGUUGUAUGCUACUGAUGUUCUAAAAAUGACCUGUCAUCAGGAAAAGAUAUUGGUGGAAUAAUUGUCAAAGAAUGGGUUACUGUAAGUGUUGCAAAUACUUUUUGUUCCAUGAACACACUUCAAAUGUCUUGCUUUUCUUUCUUCACCCCUCCCCCUAAAAGUUAUAAAGAGAGAGAGAGAGAACACAUACACUUUCCUUUUUCAAGGGUUCUGUGUAAAAUACAGCUUCAAUAGUGUUAAAAUGCGUGGGUGUAGUCAAGAUUUAUUUUAGGGGGGGACUUUAUGUUGAGGGGCAGAAUUGUGAUAUCUGUGAUGCAACUGGUCAGUUAGUUAAGGAUUUCUAUUUAUUUACUUGAUUUAGGUGGGACAGCUGCUCCCUCUGCCCCUCCUGGCUACACCCAUGUUAAAAUGAAUCCUCUUGAAUUUGCAUGGUGUUUCACAGGGUCCUAUCGCAGCAACCAUUAAAUUAAAGCUUACAUUGGCAGACUGCAAAGUAAAAAAAAUCAUAGAUGUGUCUGGGACAAAAACACUGAUUCAAGCCAUGGAUCCUCAUCAUGGUUCUUUUUUACAUAGGAUAUCAGUCAAUUAUAUCUAUGCACUUAGAGGUGACUUACGAUUUGACUCAUGAUUUUAGGGCAUAGUUUGUAAACAAUUAUGAGAAUCCAUAAGGAUUUGUGCCUCACACCCAUGUUUUUGCACCAAGGCAGUACUAGAAAGGGCCAGAUCUUUGAUUUUUAUGGUUCAAUCAGUGGAGACAGAUGGGAUAUAUGACUUGAUAGAAGGGUGGGUGUGUCUGUCUGCCUGGGGACAGGUAGCCCAUUACAAACUUACGAAAUUUCAAGUGGAUCCAUUUUACUAGAUUGUGUGCGUUCCAUCUCUCUGUUUCUCUGGUACCUUAUUUCUCCCGACUCUUGUAGCACCAUGUCUUCUCCACAUUGCACAGUCUGUUUUCCUCCCCCAUUCCCAAUCUCAAAUCUCUCCCCUUUUUCUCAUACCAUGUCAGGUGCUUCACUGUCUGUUCAGCUGCUGAUGUGCUGAUCUAAGACUUGGAAACCACAUAGUGCAAGAGAUUACAAAAAGUUCAUUGAAAACUAAACACAGCAACACUAUUACGCCAACACCACAUACAGCUGAAAGAGGAACUGGGAAAGAGUGUCCACCUUCCCACUUCCUGUUUCACAUUCAUGCAUUUCAAGGCUCAGAUUGGUAGCUGAUGAAAAAGCUAUAUAUGUGAAAUAUAUUCUUAUGAGGAAAAACUGCCACAAACACAUCUAAGGGAGCCCAACUCUUCACUUUACUGAAUGUUCACAUUUAAGGCCUGUUCUUUGAUUUUAAAGCAGCCAUGGGGAGGGCCCAAUCAGGAUUCGAACAACAGAGGGUUGUUCGGGAAAGAGGGUUUAAUUGAGUCCCCCAGUGAAAUCCCUUUUUCCCAGGGCAAAUUGCAACGUUGAGGGUUUACAGUUUUGGGGGCACAGACAGCUGCUAUUUUAAAAAGAAAACUGAUUUAUUAAAACUGUGAUUGUACAUUUUAACAUAAUGUGUACUUUAGUUCUGUGUUUUAAUAGCUCAUAUAUUCAUGUUUUAUUGUUUUUAAUUAUUGCUUCCCCACCCUAUGUGUUUAGCGGUUUCUAUUUUAGCUGUAGAGUCCCUGUCAGGGAAAUGGGCAGGAUAUAAUAAUAAUAAUAAUAAUAAUAAUAAUAAUAAUAAUAAUAAUAAUCGUGGUAGCAAUCCUAUAUCCAAUUUGCUUUACUACAAGCUGACAUUUAUAAGGAUUUUGCUUUUAAACUUUUAUAUUAUUGUUGCACACCACCCCAAUCUCUGAGUGAUGUGAGAUUCCAGAGGCUCCAGGCAAUAACCCGGAGCUUUCAUUUUUCAUUCAGAAUGAUGCAUAGUGGACACUGGGGUAUUUUUAUGAUAUAUUGUUUAUUUACACAUAUAUACAACCUGAGCCUUGCUUCUCCCAUAGUCACAACCUUAGAUUCAAAAUAGAAAUCAAGUAUUGCUUCCUCUCUCUCCCCAGCUCCCUGCUUUUCUUUUACCUAACAUCACUUCACUCUCUCCUCUCAACUUUAGCUUUGUCCUUCUAACUAUCCAUGAGUUGAGGGAAGGUGCCCCAGGCUAUUUGCCAUCUCACACUGAACCAUUUAAUUUGUUCCCCUUAAUGGCCAAUUACUCAGGUGAUCACCUCACCAGGAAGUUAACCUGGCACCUCCACCUCACAAAGUCACUCCAUGCGGCCGGCACUGCAGGAGCGCAAUCAGCUGUGAAGCGGCGCUCCAAGAGCUCCGCUUAACAGCUGGUCGUGCUCCCGCCUUGCUGGCUGCAUCCCCGCACUCCACCUUCUCAUCCACCGUCGUCCCUGCCGCUUCCGUGCUUGCCACCACCGCUGGGCUCACUGCUUCUUCCUUGCCUGGCCCAGCCAAGGAGCUUGGAGCGCCCUGCAGCAGCCUCCGCCUGGCCCAGCCAAGGACGCCUGCCGCUCCGCCACCCGGAACUGGCGGCUGCUGCAGCGCCAAACACUCAAGAGAGCCCAGCAGCGCCCUGAGCCAGCGCCCUGAGCCGUAAAAACCGUACCGGUAAUAAAAAAAAAUAAGACACCCCACCGAAAGUAAGCCACCCUGUGUUUUUUUGAGGAAAGAAAGUUAUAAGACGGUGUCUUAAAAAGGGGGAAACAUGGUAGAUCCAGGGGUUAGAAAGGCCUCAGCUUUCUUCCCCUCCCAACUCAUAACAUUAUAAAACGUGUGUGAUUGGUGUGUGUUUGUGGUCUGUUUGUGUGUGAAAGAGUGGAUGUGACCACACCAAUCUUUUGGAGGUUUGGCCAACAGUAAAUGCAGCCCUUGGGCCAAAAAAAGUUAUCCAGCCUUGUUUUAUAGCAUUCUCAAGAAAAAAUGAAAUGAUCAGUCUCAUGGAGGGGUACUGAACUACUUCUUUUAUCUGAGCUAGUCCGUAAUCUGUGUUUUUGGUUUUCUGUCAGUUUGAAAAACAACAACCAAAAGGCUUGUUCAGCUUGACAUUAUGAGGAGAGGGAGAAUGGAUCCCAUAAGAUAAGGUCCAAGCAGUAUUAAAUACUUGUUUGUGCAUUUACGUCAUGUUUAAUGAGGCAAUAAAAUUGUCCACAUAUGUUCCUGUUUUCAUUUCUCAUGUAAAUGAUACUUGAAAUUGAAGCUAGCCAUGCUCCCAAAGUUCUAGGCAGACUGGCGUAGUUGAGAUAACAGAGGAUGCAUCAUUUCCUAUAGAGCCUUUCUUAAAAAAUUUUGUGGUUGUUUCCCCUAGCCCUGAUGUUUCUUGAGGUGAAUUGGAUGGUGUGAAUGCAAACUAUUUGUAAAUCUGUGGGAAAUGUGAUGUUAAGAGAUUAUUUAUAUGGUUUAUUUUGUUGAUGACACAGCAGAUGUUGGGAAGAAGUAGUGAAGGGCCUUUGAGCAGAAUGCUCAAAACAAGCAUGCUGCUUGUCGACAUUAAUCCAUAGUUUGUUUUAAGACCAAAUGACUGCAGUAUAUGGGAUUGUCCUUGGUUCUGGUUUGGAAGCUCCAGCUUGUGCAGAAAGAAAUGACCAGACUGCUUCCCUGGCCAAAGACAUGUGAUUGUGACACACCAUUGUUAUGGCAUCUGCACUGGCUGUAUGUCUGCUACUGAGCCAGGUUCAAGGUCGUAUUGAUUUACAAAGCCCUGUGCAAUGUAGUUCCAGGGUACUCUGGGGAUUACCCUAACCUAACCUUUAUAUUCCAGCUUGAUCACGGAGAUCAUCUACAGGACCGUCGUUGGUCAUUUCCUAUGUUUGCCAGACUCAUUUGACAAUGAAAAGAAACCAAGUCUUUAGUGUCGUUGGCUCAGUCCUGUGGAAUGCCCAGUCCUGUGGAAUUCAUCAGGCUCUUCUGUUUCAACUUUUAAAUGCCUGCUAAAAACUUUUCUACUUGUUCAGUUUAUGCAGGAAAUUAAGAAUGCAUAUUUGCAUAACAGUUAGCUUUUUUUAAUUUUAGCACCUUAAUUUUUAUAUUGUAUGAUUUUGCAUAUAAUUAUUGUAAACUGCUCUGAUAUUUCCAAUGAUUAGCGGUCUAUAAAUAUUUCAAUCAAUAAAUAAAGCAAUAGGCUUUGUGAACCACACCAUUGUGUUUGCUUAACACCAUCAUUACAGUCCAAAUGGGAUUGUUUCAUGCCAGGCAAAUAUAUUCUCUUUAACAUGAAAUAAAUUUAUCUAACAUGCCUUUCAUGUUUAAGCUUGCUUUUACAAAAACAACAACCAUGAGUGAUAAAUUUUACUCACAGCAGCCCCAUUGAAAUUAAUGAACAUAGCUAAUUUAGGUCCGUAAAUUUAAAAGUACAACUUCAUUAAAUACCAUUCCAUAUUUACUUGGUACAUUAAUGUCAUUAAUGUAAUGUGCUAUGGUCCAUGGGGUCACGAAGAGUCGGGCACGACUCAACGACUAAACAACAACAAUGUAAUGUUUAGUCUUCCAGAAGAAAAUCUAGUCAUAAUUUUAAUGAUUUUGAUAGGGUGUUCAUAAUAUGGGAUCUUAUCUGGCAGCUACUGAAAUCAACUGAAAUACUUCUUAUUGACUUGUAUAAAAAUAUUGAAAUGUUAGUUAUCAAAUGAAUGUUAAAUGUAUGUUUGAUUACAGCUUUCUUCGUUUGGUGCAGUGCUUCAAAACAUACUUCAAAGGGUCAGUUGUAGUAGUUCAUCUGAAGAGACUCUCAUUAGAUCAGACAUUUUUGGGAAGGCUUCUAUGUCACCUUCCUGUUUCCAUGUUUACGGUACCAUGCCAACAUACCAUUGUGAAACAUUGGUCUGUAUGAAAUCCUACUUGAUUUCUUUUAACAAAUUAGUUUUAUAAUUGCAUGAAUUUCUUUAAACUGCAAGAGACAGUUGUUCAGCAAUUAAAUCCACAUGUUUGCUUCUCUUGCUACAUAGUUCAAAGCUGUAAUAAGUGUAUAAAAACUUUGAAGCAAUUAGUUGUUACAGCAAUGAUUGCUUUCUUUACAAAAAAAAAAUGCUACAACUUUUGAACUGUUGAUACUCCUGGUUUGUAGUGUUCUAGUGAUCAGACUAAUACAAGAACAGGAUAUCCUCCUACAUUCUUAGUAGACAUAAGUACAUUUUCUCUGGUCGUUGAGCUGUUUUUUUAAGAGCACGUCCACAUGUUUAUUAAAAGCACCUAGCUGUUCCCUUUCUUCCUCCUCCUUAUCUUACCCAAGUGUCAUACAAAUGCUAUUAGUUCACAUUUAUUUGAAUGCAGGGAUAGACAACACAGUGCUCACUGGGUUGGUGUUUCUUGUUAUUUUAAGUCACUUUUUAAUUGAAAUGGCAGGCACUUUGGUCAUCCUUGGAGGGGCUUUUCAGAAUGUGUUAGUGGUGGGGUGCGAGAGAUAAAUUUGGGCAGAGAGGGGGGGCAAGGUAUGUGUGACUGUGCAUAGAUGAAGUAUAUGAGUGCAUGUGUGUGAGGCAGGUGCUUGUGUGCAUGUGGUUUUUAUGUGUGCAGUGUGUGUGUGUGUGUGUUGUGUGUGCUAGAGUGAGUAGCCACCUUGUAUACUUUACCUAGUGCUGGGGAAUGGACCCUUUUAUUAAUAGAUAGCAACUACAUAAGUGUGUGUGUCCGGGGGAAUCAAUAUUGUGUGAUUUCCACAGUCAGCACCAGCAGGUCAUUGAUGACUUCCUCCCAUGGAAAGCAUGAGAUUCUCUGACAGGGAAGGGGGACAGCAGCAAUAACUGUACUUUCCCUGCUUUUGUGUUGUGCCAAUGACAGACAGCAUUUUUUCUUAUGCUACACUCGCAUGGCAGCAGGGCCGUCUCAAGGAUAUCUGGUGCCGUGGUUCAAAGAUCCCUCCGGCGCCCCCCUCCCCCAUUUCACCUUUUUACAGCAGGGAAGAGGCGGAGGCUCCGGGGCUCGACCUUGGUGGCCGGCCACCUCCUGGCAGCCCUCAUGCACUGCAAGGGUUUAGCGAAGCGCCCACACGUUGUGGUGGGCCUUGGCGCUUCGGCAGCUCCCGCCGCCAUGCCCUGAGGGCCCCUUCGCCGAGGGGGAGAUGGGAAAGGCAAGAGGCAGCCCUCUGGGUGGGCAGCACUCCGAUGGGAUGGAGGCUCCGGGCGCCGCUUGGCAUGGCAGAGGCGGGCGAGGGCAGCUAGCUGAUGCGGGGAGGCGCCGCGUCCGGCCUCUGCCUCUUCCGUGGCGCCCUCCAGCGCCCUCCAGAACUUGGCACCGUGGUUCUCUGCGCCACUAGCCUCUAUGGCUAAGACACCCCUGCAUGGCAGCCCAUUUUGUGACUGGCACCCACAGCACUUCCUCAAAAUUCAAAAUGUGUCUGCGAGUCCAAAAAGGUUGACAAUCCUUUCUACCAACCAUAGGCAUUAGAAGAGAGCUUGGCCAGCCCACCUGACAGGAAUAGAGGAAAUCAACAAGCUGGUUGGUUUGAUCAGGAUAUGAGAAACAGUUUUAAAAUUCCUAUGAAGCUAUCCGCUUGUCAGUUUUACCCCUUACCAUUUUUGCUGUCCUUGCUUCCUUUCUCUCAGCUAUGCUGUUUGAAAGGUCUUACGCCCCAAGGAGUGAAGCUCAUGGAUUUAUUAACACACCCUUGUCAUCCUGCUGGCAUGCAAUUCUUUUUUACAUUCUUUUUUACAUUACUGUAUAGUAACCCAAACUGUUAUAAUGGUAGUACAAUAGCACUGACAUCAAUAAUUUGAAUUCACUUCUAUCUAGUUUCAGGCCUGGGCUCAACACUGAAACACUCUUGAUUGUCUUGAUGAGCAAUCUAUUCUGGGAGUUGGAGAAGGACUGAUGGAGUGUGACCCUGUUAUUUUUCAUGGUCUUUCAGUUUCUUUUGUUAUCAUUGGCCAUGGUAUUCUUCUGAAGCAGCUGUUGGGAUCAGGGACGAUGGAAUCCAGUGGUUCUGGUCCUUCCCCACUGACCUGUUUCAGAAGGUGGUGAUGGGAGGCUAUUGCUCUACUCCAGGAAUGUCUAACUGGUUGACCCCCGGUUGAUAUUAGUUGAUCGCAGUCGAUCUGCGGGGGGAAAGGAGCACCUGGAUCCGCCCCCUCGCUCUUUCCUGUAUUCGUGCACUAUUUCAAGAAUGGAAGAGGGAGUUACCGCUGGCAGGAUUACUUCUUGUUUAUCGAUUAAUGGUGUGCUCCCCUCCCCCCCAAAAUCGGCAGAUGUAUUUGCUAUUUCCCCUUAAAAAGGUCAAUAACUUUGGCACCCCCCUAAAAAAAACUCAACAACUUUGGCUUGCCCCCCCCCCCCCAAAGGUCAGCAACUGUGGGUAGAUCACAGUCUCUUGGGAGUUUGACGUUUCUGCUCUACUCCAUGGCAGUUAGGCUGUUGUAUAGCACAUUUUGAAGCUGGGUGGCAAUGUUCAAAGCAGCACACUCUACUGAUUUAAUAUCUUACUUUCUAAGACAUGGAAAACUUUCAGUCAGUUGUGUAGGUUGCUACAGUUGAAAGAAAAGCAAUUCUAAAACUGUUAACACAGGAGGAAUGAUUUAAAAAAAAUCAUGAAUUCACUUCUGUUCUAUUUGCAAUGCAAUAAUUAGGGCUUGAGACUGCAAUCCUAUACACAGUUACACAGGUGUAAGUCCCAUUUUUACUUAAUAAGACUUACUUUUGUGUAGGGAUUUACACAAUUGCCCGGUAAGAAAUGUUUUUUGUUUUUGUUCAGUGCAGAACACAGAAAAGGGCAUUGUUGGUAGAUGAUGGCAUUUGUUGUUGUUGUUUAGUCGUGUCUGACUCUUCGUGACCCCAUGGACCAUAGCACACGAGGCACUCAGGCCUUGCACUGCCUCUCGCAGUUUGGUCAGAUGAUGGCAUACAUACAUAAUAUUGGAAGAUGAGCAGAUGGAUCAACUUUGCUGUUGUGGAUAAUGUUAUUAAUGUUAUUAGGUCCUGUAAUAGUGCUGCCAAAAUAGAUAUACAGGCAGAGUUGAAAUCUGGCUCUACCACAGGCUCUGGUUGCUCUGACCAUAUCCGUGCUGUGUAUCCUGUUCUGAACGGUGAGUAGCUGUUUUAGAUUGGGAGGCUGUCUUGUCUGUAAGCCAGUACAGAGCUUUGAGAGGGCCAACUUAAAACAACUACUCACUCACAAGAAGAGGACAAAACUUCAUGCAUCUGAUGGAGUGUAGUCUAUGAAAGCUUUUGUCCUGUUUUGAGCAGCUCAUAAUCACAUGUUGAGCUUGCACGCUUCUGUUAGUUUUGGUUACAAAUUAGGUUACAAAAAUGUAUUAAAUUUGGGAAGAUGAGCAUUAAUGAUGCAGAAGAAUAUAGAGCUCUUAAGGAAAUCUAUUAGUGUUUCAGCUUUUUGCUGUGUUUUAUAUUCUUUCUAUGAGUCCUUAGUUUCUUUGCACAGAAACUAAAGAGUUAAAUAAUGUUUAUCUGAAUAUGCUCAUGGUCUCAGGGCUCACAAACUUGAGUGAACACUUGAUUGGCUCAUCUACAAAUGCCCUUUUCAUGAGAGGAGAUUUCUGUGAGUGAAGAGAGAAGAUUGUUUCCUUGUAUUGUUAAAGGGUCUGGGGAAGCCCUUUUGAAUGGUUGAUCAUUUUUGGAAAUUCUUGAUAUUUUCUUGGAUUGUGAUGAAUCUACCUCCAUUUGAAGUUCUUCGGGUUCGAUUAUUUCUGCUCUCCACACUUUUUUGCCUCGCAGAUUUUGCAUAUUCUGAGAGUUCAGCAUCAUCCAUUACUUCAGCUAAGGCUACAGCAAAGGCGGACAAGAGAACAGCUGGUGGAUCAGGGAAUCAUGCCACCUUUGAAGAGCCCAGCUGCAUUCCAUGAACAGAUAAAGAGCUUGGAAAGAGCCAGGACUGAAAAUUUUCUGAAGCACAAGAUACGCAGUAGACCUGAUAGAUCAGAGUUGGUCAGAAUGCACAUUCUUGAAGAGACCUUUGCGGAACCCUCUCUACAAGCAACUCAGAUGAAACUGAAAAGAGCACGAUUGGCAGAUGAUCUGAAUGAAAAGAUUGCUCAGAGGCCUGGUCCUAUGGAACUUGUAGAAAAAAACAUCCUUCCUGUAGACUCCAGUGUCAAAGAAGCAAUUAUAGCGGUUGGCCAGGAGAACUAUCCUCAAGGAUUGGAUGAAUCCUUUGAUGAAGACAGCAGUGAUGCUUUAUCUCCAGAUCAGCCUGCUAGUCAGGAAUCCCAGGGCUCAGCAGCAUCCCCUGGUGAGCCCAAAACAAGGGAGGCACCAUCUCCAGUCUUGCCAACCCCCACUACUAACCAGUACCCCACAUUAAUACCAUCACUACCUGAAUUUCUGAAGCCGCCUGUCACUGAUCAGCACACUACACGCUCUGCAGCUGCUUCUCUUAGCCCAAAUACCGUGUUGGCAACAAAACUCAGCAGUGGGCCAACACUAAUAAAGCAACCCCACCCCAAGAACCCAAGUGACAAACCUCGGAGCAAGAAAAGCAAAGAGCCAAAGCCCAGAGUGAAGAAACUAAAGUACCAUCAGUACAUCCCACCUGAUCAGAAAGGUGAGAAGAAUGAGCCACAGAUGGACUCCAACUAUGCUCGCUUGCUGCAAGAACAACAGCUUUUUUUGCAACUGCAGAUUCUGAGCCAACAGCAGCAGCACUACAACUACCAGACGAUUCUUCCUGCACCACUCAAGCCAGUGAGUGACAAACAGAGCAACACCGGGAAUGUACCACUGAAUACUUUGAACAAUAGCACAUCUUCCACAGUAGCCAGCACUCCGAGACAGAACAAUAAUAUUUCCAACAGAAAACCUGGGCCCCUGCCUCCUAGCUUGGAUGAUUUAAAGGUAGCUGAACUGAAAAUGGAGCUCAAGAUAAGAGGAUUGCCAGUGUCUGGGACUAAAAUGGAUCUUAUUGAGCGUUUGAAACCCUAUCAGGAUCUUAACAAUAAUUCUAUCAAUGCUAGUCAUACAGCGGCAGUUACUCCUUCCACUAAUUGUACCAGCCAGCCUGGAGAAAUAACUGCCGUAUUCCCUGUUGCUACAUUAAACAAGCCAAUAGCUAGCUCAGUUUCCAGCUUUUCUUCAGAAACAACAUCUGGUGGAACUGGCAGCAAAUCAACACCUAUGGAAUGCAUCAACUCCCCGUUGCCCAUUUCCCCGUCACCUUCAGAGCCGUCCAGUCUCAGCACGGAUGACACUAACAUGGCAGAUACUUUGACGGAAAUCAUGACCGUGAUGUCUCCAUCACAGUUCCCAAAUGCAUCACCUCCUCUUCGAGCUACCACAAAUGAGGACAGUCAAGGCAGUGGAAGCAUGUUCAGCAUGGAGCUUGAUGCAGCAGAAAAGGACCGUAAGCUUCAAGAAAAAGAGAAGCAGAUUGAAGAGCUCAAAAGAAAACUGGAGCAAGAGCAGAAACUCGUGGAAGUGCUGAAAAUGCAACUUGAAGUUGAAAAGCGGGUUCAGCAGCAGCAACCCCAAGCCUCAGCUAAUAUUACACUGACUUUGAAUCAGAAGCAUGUCGGUCAUGAUGUCAAAGAGGAAGGCACUUUAGCAGAUUGCUCUGAUGCAAAACAACCUGUAUCUGAAGCCAACCAUUCUUUAGGACAGCCAGCAUCAGUGGAUGUCCAGAACCUAGUUGCCAAAAAGGCUAUUGUUAUCAAGCAGGAGGUACCUUUGGCCAAAGCUGAACCACAUAAUGUCAUAUCUCAGUUUUAUGUAAGUUCGCAGAGACAGCCACAAACUGCUGUUGUUGCCCAGCCUCAAGCUCUACUUACUGCACAAGGAACAGCACAGCUGCUACUGCCACUCUCUCUCCAGGGUCCAAAUUCUGCCACUUCAAUGCAACUACCUGUGGGCAGUAUCCAGGUACAGGCCCAGCCACAGUCUGGCAUUCCAGCCAUGGCACAAGUAUCUACUUCUGCUUUGUCCCAGAAAGUACCACAGAUGCACUCUUCAGCAUCCAAAGAAAAUGCUUCCCCACAGCAUCUGCUUGGUCACACCCCACAAAACAGACAGAUAUUUCCUCCUACCUCACCAAAUACAGUAUUUUCCUAUCAGAAUCAGUCUGUGACAGCUCUACAGCAACCUUUGUUUAAUCAGACAGCAAAUACCACUGUUCACUCAGGGAACCAGGUGCCCUUGGUGCAAAAUGGACCCAGUGCUCCUCAGAAGCUGGCCUCCCAGUCUCAACCCCAACAGUACAUUUUGCAGCAAUCUCUGUUCAGCAAUUCAGUAACCAAGGCAAAAGACCCUCCACGCUAUGAAGAAGCCAUCAAACAGACUCGCAGCUUGCAGGCUUCUCAACGAGAGAUUUCCAGUGUUCACAGCCAGCAAAUGGAUGACCUCUUUGAUAUUCUCAUUAAAAGCGGAGAGAUUUCUCUGCCUACCAAGGAAGAACCAUCUCUGAUUUCCAAAAUGAGACCUGUUACUGCCAAUAUCACCACAAUGCCAGUGAACACAGUGGUGUCUCGUCCGCCGCCACAAGUCCAAAUGGCCCCUCCUCUCUCCUUAGAACCAACAAGCAAUUUCUCUGUAUGUCUGGAGAAUCAGCUAGAAGCCCUCUUGGAAGGAACUCUGCCUUCAGGAAAUGGAAUGCCUCAUCUGGCAAGCAGUAGUGAGGACAGAGAGUCUUUCUCUCUAAUUGAGGACCUUCAAAAUGACCUCCUUAACCACUCUGGCAUAUUAGAUCACUCGCAGUCACCUAUGGAAACAACAGAUUCUCAAUUCACUGCUUCUAAUUCCUGUUUAUCUCUUGAUCUUCCGGACACAAAUUUAGACAACAUGGAGUGGCUAGACAUUACCAUGCCAAAUGCUUCUUCAGGAUUAACUCCUCUCAGCUCAACUGCCCCAAGUAUGUUUUCAACAGAUUUUCUUGACCCACAAGAUCUACAGUUGCACUGGGAUUAACUAAAAAGGCACAGCCUACUUGACCACGGUUUUUAAAGAUCCAUUUACAGCAUAGGUCCAUUAUUUCACUUUCCUUGUUUUCAGGGUAAUCUUGAAAAUUAUCUUUAGGGUGUAAAAAACAAAAACAUGUUCCACAGACAAAAAGCAUGAUUCCCCCCCCCCCGGCAAUCAGUUAAGGGGAGGGGAGGGGCAGGGGGAGAGUGAGAUUGGAUCUUCAUUCAUGUAGCUGGGAUAAGUCAUAAUAAAACUGCACCUGACUGUUGCUAUAGACAGCCUGAGCCAAGCUUAAGCUGCCUUGUCAAAGCUCUGGCUAAGUUAAAGAAAACUGAUGGGAUUUGGUGAAAGGAUUGAAGUUGGCUAUAUUUGGACUGCCUCAUGAGUUUAAAAGGUCUUGAGCUAAUACUUUAGGGCUACCACAUUUAGUCAUUUUAAUCGGCUAGACUGAAAUGGUGACUUUGAUUACUUGGGCAUCAAAACAAGUAA